CCCGGGAGCCUUGAAUUUUGUUUUCGCAGCGUUGCUAUACGCGGAGUGCUGUUCACUGAAAACUGAAACACUGUGGAGUCCAAAGCAUGGACUCUGACUUCGUAUCUCCAGAGUCUACAGUGACGACCCUGCUGUCCAGCUCAGGUCACCUGAAGAGCAGCCUGCUGCCUCCUGAACUCAACACCUCCUUCAGAUACAGAGACCAGGAGUAUGACUCAGCCUCCGCAGCCUUGGACGCCUACAUCGCAGACUUUGACAGAAGUCGUCUGAACAGCAAGUCGGUAACAGGAAGUCUGAUUCUUCCACACAGCCCGCACUGCACGCCAAGAAGACCUAAAGUGAGCACGCUCAGAAACAGAGAUGUUCUCAGGGAGAGUUUGACUGACAGGGAGCUGGACUUCCUCAACCUCCCCGUCAGUUCCAUCCGUCACCGUGCCAACCGAGACAGACUCUCCAUGACUACCGACGAACUGCUGUCCAUCCCUCAUGACGGCUCGAUGCCCGUCACCCACACAUCUGCCUUCCUCCAAGGCCUCCUGUCCCAGUCUGGAGCCUCAUCCCAGCCCUGCCCAUCCUCCUUCAGACCAGGACGCAGAGCCUGGGAUGGACUCAGCAGCAGCCACGCCGCUCCCCGACUGAACCACUCCCACCCUCAUCCAACCAGGAUGCCCAGGAGAUCCAGGUGCAGAGGAGGACCAGGAUGUCCAGAUGUCCCCUCUGUCAACUUCACGUCUGCACACAGAACAGCGAGGUCAGAGCGGGCGGACCCAUCCUCGUUGCUCCACAUCCCUCACUGGUUCACCAGCAACAAGUCCGAAAUGGGCUGCUCUGGAAUCACAAGCGUGCCGGACCUGAAGUACCCAGCCUGGAUCCAGCGCUGCGACCUCAGCGAGCCGCCGCCCCUCACAGAGUCAGAACUGUGGGACGACCAUGCUCCGAGACAUGAAGCUCCUUCCUGGGUCGCAGGGCUGGAGGAGGAUGAUCCUGACCUGAUACCUUCAGAGACUCAGGUUGACAGCCAGCUGACUCUGAGAGAUCUGAGGCUUCAGUUUGCUGAACAGAUUUCUCUGCUUGCAAAGAGAAAGAGCUCUGACGUCAUGGAAAAUCUGUUCAGAGACAACAAGAUCGAGUCUCUGAUCCAGAAGGCAGAUCAGGUGUUGAACUCUCUGUCUCAGAGCUCUGGAGCAGCAGAGAGUCUUCCAGAUCCAGUGAGCAGUGCUGCAGUCAGUCCAGUGAACACUGAGGAGCUGCUCUGUUCAUCCUCACACCGUCCUUCAUUCACUCAUGACUCAGCAGCAGCAGCAGGUGGUGUCACAGAGGAUCUGACAGGCAGAGGAGCUCAGGCUCAGGGCAGCGAUCUCCAUGGUAACAGCAUCUGGAAGCAGCCCGGUCCAGUGGAGGCUCUUAAACAGAUGCUGUUCAGACUGCAGGCUGUGGAGGCGGAGCUUCAGAGACAACAACAGCCGUCAGCUUCAACUCUCACCGACAGGAUGCACGCAAAGGGAACGCCGGUGAAGCAGAGGCCUGAAGCAGAGCUGGACAGUUGUUCUUGUGGACCAUCAUUACAGAGAGCUCUGUAUCACCUGAGCCGUCUGAAACUGCUGGUGGAAGAACCCAAAGAGAAACACAGAGAGGAAGACGAGGAGAAGGAUGAAGAUGAAGGACGCUACUCCUCUUCAUCUGCUGACGGACUCACCUGUACUCAGGAGAAACCCUCCUGAGGCUGAAGGCUUGUUCAACAGAGCGAGGGACUUCUUGUUCAAUGUUUUCAUUGUUUCCUGUUGUGUCCCACAGAAAAAGGGAACAGUUGAAAGGUGCCUUUGAAUCUGCAAAGUGCUUUGUAUUUAUAUUUGAGAUGAAACUGUGCAAUUAAUCUAAACACUGAUACAGUACAGAGACCAAACCAGACCCAUUAGGAAAUGUAUAAGUAUGUGAAAUGUGUGUUGAGGAGCAGAAAUGUAGGAAAGUGUUACAGGGAAGAAAGCUGAGAAAGUGUUCUGAUGGUUAAAAAACGUUUCUGGUGCACUAGAAUAGACUAGAAGACAAAAUGUCAAAAUCUUCCCACAAACUCAAAGCAUCUGUCCAGCUGUUGAGACCAUGAGUGUCAAAUAGUGAAUGUGCCAAGAACAGGAGAUAAUGUUGAGUUUAUUGUUACUGCAAUGAAAAUGUAGUUUUACAGAUAAAUCUUUAUCUAUUUGUUGCCACACCAGCAGCAAGAUGGCUGUGUUUGAAUGCCAACUGUGUUCAUUUAAUAUGCAAAUAUUAUUAUAUUAUUAGCAUUCUAUCAAGCUAACAUGUAAAACAUUAGUAUGUCAACAACCAGUGUUGAAUAUGCUAACACAACCAUAAUAAAAUACUAAUGUUGGCAUGUCAGUGUAACUCCGUUAGCAUAUAAUAAUAAUAAUAAUAAUAAUAAUAAUAA